ACUCGAAGAGAGAGAAAGGAACAUCUUUCCAAAUCCCAAUCCACAACAAACCAAAAAGAAAAAAAAUCGAUGGAAACAAAGAAUCGAGACGAGAUCCACGAUGAGAGAGAAAAGGAAGCAUAAUCACCAUCGACUCAGGCUCCCUUUAAUUCUUCAAACUCCUCAAAAUAACAAUGGAAGCGAUCAUAUUAUUAAUAUUAAAAUUAGUAAUUCCUCCUCGACCCACUCCUUUAAUCUCUUCAAUUCUUCUUGCGAUUACAACCUCGAGACCCCCUUGGAUAAAGUUGGGCGUAAAUCUCUUGAGAGAGAAAGUAACGAUUCUCUCAUAUCUGACCAGUCCCUCCCUCUCUCUCUAUAUUUGUUCUCUCUCUCUCUUCUUUUCUGCUUUAUUGUUUGGAGGCAUGCGUUAAAUGAUGGUGCAGUCGAUUUGGGGAUUUUCCUCUCUGGAUUAGGGUUUUCUUCUCGGAGGCAGCGGCGUUUUUAUAGUCUGCUUGGUUAAUUAGUGAAGCUGCUAAAAUGGAGAAGGCAGAGGGAGAAAAGAAGUGUCCCGAGGACAAGACCACCAAGCGGAAGAUGAAGACUGCUGUUCAACUUGAGCUUCUCGAGAAGACCUAUGCCAUUGAGAACUACCCGUCAGAGGCUCUGAGGGCAGACCUUUCAGCAAAAUUGGAUCUCACAGAUCGACAAUUGCAAAUGUGGUUUUGCCAUAGGAGGCUUAAGGACCGCAGGAAAGAUGAGGAUGGAUCAUCAAAGAGGCAGAAAAAAGCCGCUUCUGAGCCCUCCAAAGACCCUGAUGCCAUGGACUCUGCCAGUCGAGACGAUCGUUCCAUGGCUUCAAAUAUUUUUGUUGGUAUGAGAAAGGAUGUGGUGCCAAGAAGCAGUGAGAUGCCCAUGGUGAAGAGGUUUAUUGAUCUCCAACCUUCGGUAGAGAACCGUGUAAUUGCUGCUAUUGAAGCUCAACUUGGGGAGCCUCUUCGAGAGGAUGGUCCUGCUCUUGGUGUGGAAUUUGAUCCCUUGCCUCCUGGUGCCUUUGGUUCUCCCUUAGGGCAACAAAUGCUAUCAGGGCGGUUAUAUGAUGGUAAAAUAUAUGAAAGACAGGAGGCAAAGCCUGGCAUGGCUUCACCCCCAAUGCCAAAUAUGGAACAUGGCUUUCUACAAAGUUCAUCUAGUGGCAAAAGGAAAGCAUCUGGAGGAAAUGUUCAUAUGGUUCUUCCUCAAGUUGGUACAAGAACUCCUCCUCUUGAGUAUAAAUUUCUUCCUGAGCAACCCAGUGUAAGACCUGAAGCGCAUGAAAGAGCUGCUACGUCAUCAAACUCUUAUGAUACCCCAUUUGAAGCUCUUGGCCAUAGGGGGCCAUCAUUAUCUACAGGAGGGGCUUUCCUCCAUCAUAGUGAACCAUUGGCUUCAAGCUAUGCUUACCCAUCUCAAAUGGUGAAUGUCAAUCGUUCUUCCCAUGGAAGGCAUGAACACAGUUAUUCUCAAGGUUCAGCUGACUAUGAUAGUGGUCAACACAAGAAUUCACUUGCACAUUUUGGAAGCGAUCCUCAUGUUGUACCUCAUCCAGUACUUGGGCUAGACAAUCCCUAUGCUUCAUCUGACCAGCUGAUCUGUGCAGAUGAAGAUGCUUCUAGAAUGGAGAGGAAGCGAAAGGCUGAGGAAGCACGGAUUGCUAAGGAAGUUGAAGCUCAUGAGAAGCGAAUCAGAAAGGAGCUGGAAAAGCAAGACCUUCUGAAGAGAAAGAGAGAAGAACAAACCAGGAGGGAAAUGGAGAGGUAUGAUCGUGAGAGGCGGAAAGAAGAAGAACGGUUGGUUCGUGAAAGGCAGCGUGAGGAGGAGCGGUUCCAGCGAGAACAGAAACGUGAAGUUGUAAGACGAGAGAGGUUCUUGCAGAAGGAAAGUCUAAGAGCUGAGAAAAUGCGGCACAAAGAAGAGCUUCGAAGAGAGAAGGAGGCUGCAAGGUUGAAAGCUGCUAAUGAAAGAGCUACAGCUCGUCGCAUUGCUAGAGAAUCUAUGGAACUUGUUGAAGAUGAACGCUUAGAACUUAUGGAGCUUGCUGCAUCAUGCAAAGGUCUUCCAUCAGUUGUUUUCCUGGACAUGGAAACUUUGCAGAAUCUUGAGUUGUUCAAAGAUAAGCGGGGUGCCUUUCCUCCUCGAUCAGUAAGGCUAAAAGAACCUUUCACAAUUCGUCCUUUGAAGGAUUCGGAAGAAAACGUCGCAAAUCUUUUGAUGGUUUGGAGGUUUUUAAUCACAUUUGCUGAUGUCCUUGGCCUAUGGCCAUUUACACUCGAUGAAUUUGUCCAAGCUUUUCAUGACCAUCAGGACUCAAGGUUAAUGGGGGAGAUACAUAUUGUGCUCCUGAAAUCGAUAAUCAAAGAUAUUGAAGAUGUUGCAAGGACACCUUCUGUUGGAACUGGGGCCAAUCAAAACAGUGCUGCUAAUCCUGGUGGUGGACACCCACAAAUUGUUGAAGGAGCAUAUGCAUGGGGUUUUGAUAUUCGGAGCUGGCAGCGGCACUUAAAUCCAUUAACAUGGCCUGAAGUGCUGCGACAAUUUGCUCUAUCAGCAGGCUUUGGGCCACGAUGGAAGGAAAAAGGUCCACGACAAGCAUACUUUCGUGAUGAGAAUGAGGGUCAUGAUGGUGAAGAUGUUGUAUCUACGCUUCGAAGUGGAGCAGCAGCGCAAAAUGCUGUUUCUAUGAUGCAUGGGAAGGGGAUCUCUCACCUGAGAAAAUGUCGGCACCGCUUAACUCCUGGAACGGUCAAAUUUGCAGCAUUCUAUGUUCUCUCCCUUGAAGGAAGUAAAGGACUUACCAUUCUAGAAGUGGCUGACAAAAUUCAGAAAUCUGGACUCCGCGACCUAACAACAAGCAAGACACCUGAGGCUUCCAUUGCGGCCGCACUUUCAAGGGAUGGAAAUCUUUUUGAAAGGACUGCUCCAUCAACAUAUUGUGUACGCCCCGCUUUUAGAAAAGACCCUGCUGAUAGAGAUGCCAUAUUGCAGGCUGCUAGGGAAAAAAUACGUCAAUUCCAGAGUGGGUUUUCAGAUUCAGAAGAAGCCGAAAAGGAUUUAGAAGAUGCUGAAGAUGUCGCGGAUGAAGAGUUUGAUAUCGAUGAAGCUGAGGAUCCUGAAAUUGAUGAUGGGCUGGAUGGUCUGCAAAAUUCAGAUAAGGGGUUAUUUUCUGUGAAUGAAGAAGACAAGGCUGACCAAGCAUCAACUCCCUCAGAAGAAGAAAAGAGUGAGCAGAUAAAGGACAAGGUUGGCAAAACUCGCGGAGUUUUAAUAGAUAACUCAAAUGAUGCAAAGAAGGCAAGCAUUCUUAACGGGCAGCCUGCCGAUGAAAAUAUAAACGAGCAAGAGGAUGCAGAGAUAGAUGAGAGCCACACUGGAGAAUCAUGGGUUCAAGGACUGACUGAAGGGGAAUACUCUGAUCUCAGUGUUGAAGAGCGGCUGAAUGCACUUGUUGCAUUAAUCGGUGUUGCAAUAGAAGGAAAUUCAAUCCGGGUUGUACUUGAGGAACGCUUGGAAGCAGCAAAUGCCUUAAAAAGGCAGAUGUGGGCUGAGGCACAGCUCGAUAAACGACGUAUGAGAGAAGAACACUACUCUAAGUCACAGGUAUCCAAUUUUACAGGGACCAAGGCAGAGGGAGUUUCGAACCAUAAUGGAGCAGAAGGUGGGCAAAGUCCUUUACCUCAGGUUGAUAACAAAGGCGAGGAGUUUUUUUCUGCAACCAAGCAGGAUCAAUCCAUUGAUGCUCAAAAUGUUCAAAGUUAUCUUCAUAAUAUGCUAUCUGAAAAGAACCCAACAGGGCAAGAGCUCGCUGUUGGCCAAGAUAUUUCCCCAUACCAACAGCAAGCAUUUGCAUUUGAGAAGUCUCGUGCCCAAUUAAAAGCAUAUAUUGGUCAUAGAGCAGAGGAAUUGUAUGUCUAUAGGUCUUUGCCUCUUGGUCAAGAUCGCAGACGUAAUCGGUACUGGCGAUUUGUUACUUCUUCUGGGAGUGAUCCUGGGUGUGGAAGGAUAUUUUUUGAGUCUCAUGAUGGUUGCUGGAGGAUCAUUGAUACAGUUGAGGGAUUUGAUGCUCUUUUGGCUGCACUUGAUAUACGAGGUAUUAGGGAAUCCCAUCUAUAUUCUAUGUUGCAGAAAAUAGAGAGCUCAUUUAAAGAAGUCGCCAAGAGCAACUUGUAUUCUAUGAAUCCUACAGAGGUGACUGCAAUUGCCACGAAAAUAGAAUCCAUUGAUACUGCCUCUUGUUCUGUUCCCAAGGUGGAGGUUGAUAGUCCUACCAGUGUGGUUUGGGACGAUAGUUCUGAUUUUUGGGAGCAGUCGAAAUCAUUUAAGAUUGAGCUUGGGAGAACUGACUUGGAGAAAUUCAAUGUACUGAUGAGAUAUGAAGAUUAUGAAAAAUGGUUAUGGACCGAGUGCUUUAAUUCUUCUGUUGUGUGUGCCCUUAAAUAUGGGAAGAAAAGAUGUACUGAGCUGCUCUACACUUGUGAAUUUUGCCAUAAUUCAUUCUUAGCCAAAGACAAGCAUUGCUCUUGUUGCCAUGGAACUUUCAAAAAGUUGGAUACAAAAUUUUCUCAGCAUGUUGCUGACUGUGAAGAGAAGAGAAAGUUAGAGCUAAAUUGGAAGCUUCGGCGUGCUUUUUCAUCUCUUUCCUCUAGAGUGCGGCUGGUCAAGGCAGAAUUAGCUUCUAUUGAGGUCUCAAUACCUUCAGAAGCACUCAAGUCACAUUGGACAGAGGCGUUUCGAAAAUCUUGGGGUAUCAAUUUGCUUUCUUUGACAACUGCAGAGGAACUUUUUCAGAUGCUUAACCUUCUAGAGGCUGCUGUUGUGCGAGAGUGCUUAUCUUCGAGUUAUGAAACCACCAAGGAUUUAUUAGAAUCAGCCAAGCUUGGAUAUCCCACAGAUGAAACAUCUUUACAACCAGGAUCUGUUCCUUUGCUGCCAUGGAUUCCGCAAACCACGGCAGCCUUGGCACUACGGCUUAUGGAGUUUGAUGCUUCCAUUGCCUACAUGAUGCAACAGAAGUCUCACCGAGACAGGGAAUCUGAAGAAUUUGUUAAGGUGCCCUCUCGUUUUGCUGUGGUGAGGAGCAUACAGGAAGUAGACCCAAUGGAGUCUCCAAACCAAGCACUGCACCCUAACCACGAAGACAACUGGACAUCUGAGCCCAGGCCUCUCCGAGGCUCUGGCCGUGGCCGAGGUAGUGGCAGUGGCCGAGGGCGAGGCCGAGGCAGGGGUCGCUCCACACGUGGUGGAAGAGGGGCUGGUGGGUCCCGUGCAGAAGCUUCUGGAAGACUUGUAGGGAAUGGAGAGCGGGCCCGACAUGGGCGUGGAGGUCGCAAAGGCCGUGGUCGUGGCCGAGGGCGGGGGAGAGGCUUGAUCAGGGCUAGGGUUAAGCCCAUAUUAGAGAGACGGAUAGAGGAAGAGGAGGAGGGGAGGGAGGUCAUUGACUCUAAGCAAAAGAGCGAGGAGUCUUCGAGUACAGGUGAGGAGUGGGUAGGAGAGGAGGCAACAGGUGAGAUGAUGAAUUAUGCCAUGGAGAAUGAGGGGGUUCGAUCUGAUGAGAGUAGUGAGGAAGAGGAGAAUGAGCAGGAGAGUGAGGAUGAGUUUGGGGAUGGAGGACCUAAAUAUGGGGUUGGUGGUGAUUAUGAUAGUAAGUCAGAGGAGGUGGAUGGUGAUGAGAGUGGAGACGAGGAUGAGGAGAGGGAUCAGAAUGGAGAGGAAGAGGAUGAGGAAGAGUCAGGAUCAAUAUCUGAGUACAGUGAUUAGAAGGGGGGGUUUUAGUAUAAAUAUGACGGUGAGUGGUCACGUUCAAUGUGGUUUUGUUUGGGGCGUCGGCACUUGGAAGCUAUUGUCUAGUUCUUCAGAUUGGUGGGAGCAUUGUUGGGCUUUGGAGGGAGGAUUAAGGGUGCAACCUCCAGGUUGUGGAGCUUUAGAGAGAUUGCAGUGUGUGCGGAGAUCGAUAAUUGUAUGGUAUAUUUUGUAGUUAAGUUUUUCAAGCUAAAAUAUUAUUUGUUAUCUCAUGUAUUUUUGCUUUCA